UCCCGCCGUCGAUUUUUCUUAAUGCACACUUUAAGAUAGCGCGUAGAUACUUUUCUGCUUUGCAAAACAUUCCAGCUCGAUAAACAUCUAGUAUAAUUAUUGGGUGUUUGCAACAGACCUGAAAUAAUUUUGAAAAAUGUAAUUACAUUUUUUAAAAUGAGGAAUUUGUGAAGCUUUCUUCGCCCAAGCAGAUGCACUAUAAAAUCGCGUUCCCUUCAGAAGCGGCGCCUGUCAGCGUGUUUACUCGCGCUCCGGAGUUUAGGAUAUAAAUACCGACUCGGACUUCAGUGCGCGUGCUGCAAGAGAAUGAGCUUUCAGCGUUUUGAUGAAGUAGAGAAGUAUCUUCGAUUUGGGACAUACAGCAAACAUGAUAAAACUUCAAAAGGUGUAAUAAGAAGAAGCAGUAAAAAAUUUCGAUAUGGAGAUGGUGCACUUUGGUACAUAGACGGCAAGCGCCAGCGUAAGGUGCUCCGCAACGAAGACCAAGUGAGAGCAGUGCUGGUGGAGCAUCACAACAACCGCAAGCACGCCGGACGCUCUCGGUGCCUGAAGGCCGUCUCAGAUCUGUAUUAUUGGCGCUCAAUAACCAAAGACAUCGGUGACUGGAUAGACAAUUGUAAGGAUUGCUCGCAUCCGUCCAAUCCGGUCACGUGCUCACAGUGCAUCGUCCCAGGGUGCGAGAGCUCUGGACUGGCUGAUAAUAAAGAAUGCAUCACCUUUCACAAGUUCCCUUUCAGUGAUGCAGACAGGCUAAGCCGCUGGAUUAAGUUCUGUCAGAGAGACCGCUGGUCUCUGCACAGCAGGUCAGCUAUCUGCUCCAGACACUUCGCCGAGGAUUGCUUCGACCGAAGCAGAGAUGUUGUCUGCCUUAAACCUGAUGCCGUGCCCACCAUUGAAACAUUCGUGUUUCCACAGGAGUGCAACAAUGAAUCCUGGGAUGCCCUCGGCAUGGAAUCCAGGGAUGAUGAGAAUCACUCUGUGGAUGAAGAAGGGGUCCAUGUGGAGCAUCCUUAUUCCAAAAAUUCCUCCAUGCAGACCAGCGCGAAGACGAACGAAGUGAAGAGUCAAGUCAGUCUUCUGAGCUCCAAGUCCGAACCUUAUUUCAGGAGAUAUGACGCGUUGGAGAAGUACCUGCGCACGGGAGUGUAUAGCAGUACACCGUACUGCACUAGGUACAUGGUCAGAAGGUGUGCCAAACGCUUUUGUCUUCAAGAUGGGAUCCUGUACUAUCGCCAUGGCUCCAAACGCAGAAAAGUUCUCCGGAACAGAGAGGAGGUCGUCGAGGUGCUUAAGGAUCACCAUGACAAACGAGGACACUUCGGUAUGAGCAGAUGUCUGAGCUCCAUAUCUGAGCUUUAUUACUGGGGCACUAUGACCAGGGACAUAGAGGAGUGGAUCGGUAACUGCCAGUUCUGCAUGAAGAUGGAUGAAUCAACCCAAAAAUAUCGGUGUUCCGUUUAUAGCUGCAAUAACUACAAUGGACCUUUGGAGAGGACACUGGGUCUGACGUUUCAUCGGUUUCCAUUUGAUGAUCCUGAGCGUCUUAACCAGUGGAUCAGAAGCCUGCGCAGGAUGAAUUGGCGCCCCCGGCCCCGGUCUGUCGUGUGUUCCACUCACUUCACAGAGGACUGCUUUGAGCAUUCAGGAGGCUCUGUUCAUCUCAAGCCUCACGCAGUCCCCACCCUACUCCUCUGCACCUCACAGGAUAAGGAAGACACUUCUCAAGGUAUGGCUGACGGGAGCGGUUCUUCAGAGGCAGCGGAUGGCUCAAGUACCCAGCAUGCUUUUUUCUCAAAAUAUGAUGCAGUAGAGAAAUAUUUGAAAGGUAAAGGCUAUCCACCCGGCCUCACCUCUGUGGAGAAAAACACCUUCAGGAGACUCUGCUCAAGAUUUGCUAUCCAUGAUGGCUUCCUUUUCUACUUGUCUGGCAGAGGCACACAGAAGCAUGGGAGGCGCAGAGUGGUGAGGAGUAGAGAAGAGGUACACUCAACCCUCACCAUUUAUCACAACGACACGAACCACCUGGAGCUGGAGAAGUGUUUGAAGCUCAUUUCUCAACACUUCUUCUGGGGCUCGAUGAGGGCAGACGUGGCUCUGUGGAUUCAGCGCUGCCCCCAGUGUUCGAGCUCUGCGGAAGAUCAUAGUGGGGAGUCCUGUGUCAGUCCUGAGCCUUUAGAGAACAUGCUGGAUCAGGACAGUCCAGCACAGAUAAAUGGGGUUGUGCCGGCUGAAAAUGACCUUCACCUGUCAGUCACGGAGUUGGCGAUCCCGCAGUGUUUGAUCAUCACUACGCCUGAGAUCCUCACUCCAACUCAACCUCACAGCACUGUCGCUGCCCGCGAGGGAAGAGUUCUCGGACUGCCUGACUCAGUAGCAAGUGCCAUUGGUUCUUGUCAGCUGCUAGAGGCUUCAGCAGUGGAGCAGAGAAACAGCGGCUUGAGUGCCAGGACUGUGGUUCAGCAGUGCGCGCAUGCCUUACUGCAGGUCAAGCCCCAGACCGCCGACGCAGACUCUGAAUGGGUCGAGGUUCGUGAUGGGAUUGUCAUCUAUGUGUGCUUUUAUAAAGGUGCUACUGACAAAAUCCUCCCCAAAAUGGUAAACACCUUGCUCAACGCAGCGUUCUUUCCCAUGAGUACGGGCAGACACGUGUCUGUCAUGGAGCGUCCAGGGAGUGUGAUGAUCAUUCCCCAGGACACCAUGACCGGUGUAGUUAAAGGCAGCAGAGUGCAGCACCACAAUGUCAUUGAAAGCUGGAAAGGACUUUACCUCUACGAACAGUUCGUCACUCAGUGUGAGAAAGUGGUGGCUGCAUCAACAAAGUGCACCAAGGCUGGCGUGGUCGUCAGGCACGGAGUUUAUGGAAACAUGCAAACUUUAUAUCUCAACAGCAACGCACCCCUUACUCACGUUCUAGAGUUUUAAUCAGGGGGUCACUUUUCAAGUUCCUGUUCAAGUUCUCUGUUUAAACCUUUCUUUUACCAUGUUCAUAAAGAGUUUUGAUAAGACUUAGAGUUUUAUUUAUUUUCUACUGAUUAUUUACAAAUGUUUAACAGAGAGUACAGUAUAUUUUGGGAUGUUUACAAAACCUUGGAAAAUAAAUCUUUGUUGAAU